AUGCCCAUGCUACAAGAUCCUUCCCUCAAAUACAAAAAGUUCCAGCCAUCGAUCAAGCUCGACGACAGGACUUGGCCUUCCAAUUCCCUGGAGAAGUCCCCGAUCUGGCUAUCGACAGAUUUGAGAGACGGAAAUCAAUCCCUCGCCAAUCCUAUGUCUAUAGAAGCGAAAACUAGAUUCUGGAAAAUGCUAGUUAAAAUCGGUGUAAAGCAGAUUGAGGCUGCUUUCCCCGCCGCCAGCGAUACUGAUUUCAACUUUGUCCGAUCUGUAAUUGAGACGCCAGGCCUCACUCCAGACGACGUCUGGGUCCAAGUUCUCACUCCGGCACGCUCCGAUCUUAUCAAGCGCUCCUUCGAGUCGAUUGCAGGCGCAAAGAGGGCAGUCAUCCACAUGUACAACGCCACCUCUCCCCUCUUUCGCGAUGUCGUCUUCCGCAACUCCAAGGAAGAAACAAUCAAACUGGCUAAAGAGCACACGGAGCUGGUGAGAACGCUUGCCGACGAGUACUCCGAUAAAUACGGUACUAUCUUUGCAUACGAGUACUCGCCAGAGACUUUCACCCAGACUGAGACACAGUUCGCUGUCGAGAUCUGCAAAGUCGUCAAGAGCAUUUGGAAGCCUAGUGCGGAGGUGCCGAUCAUUUUCAACCUCCCUGCCACCGUCGAGGUCGGCACACCAAACACAUACGCCGAUCAGAUCGAGUACUUCUGCAGACACAUCGGUGAGAGAGAGAAGGUACAUGUAUCGCUCCACCCACACAACGAUAGAGGCAGCGGUGUGGCAGCAGCUGAGCUCGGCCAGCUCGCUGGUGCAGACCGCGUGGAAGGGUGUGUAUUCGGCAAUGGCGAGCGCACUGGUAAUGUAGAUCUCGUGACUCUCGCCAUGAAUCUCUACAGCCAGGGUAUCAACCCUGGGUUGAAAUUCGACGACAUGCUGUCUGUGAUCGACACUGUCUCUCAGUGUACAGGAUUACCAGUCCACCCGCGCCACCCAUACGCGGGUGAGCUUGUCUUCACCGCGUUCUCAGGCUCUCACCAGGACGCAAUCAAGAAGGGCUUCGAGGCACAGCAGAGACGCGCUGAUGGCGGCGACAACAUCUGGUCCAUGCCCUAUCUGCCCAUCGACCCGGCUGAUAUUGGCUGCAGCUACGAGGCUGUGAUCAGGGUCAACUCACAGUCAGGCAAGGGCGGUAUUGCGUAUCUUGUUAAACAGAUACUCGGCAUGGAUCUCCCUCGUCGCAUGCAGGUAUCUUUCUACCAGGUCAUCCAACAGGCAUCCGACAAGACAGGUACGGAGAUCGGCGUCGACGACAUCAUCGACACUUUUAAGAGACAGUACUAUCUCGAGGAAUUCUCCACUAAGGGGCGACUCGCCCUGCGCAACUUCUCCCUCGAAGACAGUAGAGGUGGAGGCGAGUCGACGCCUAGCGACGCGGAAUACACACGUACGUUCAAGGGCAGAAUCGCGGUGGAUGGGGAGUCGCGCACUGUGGACGGUGUCGGCAACGGUGCCAUCACUGCUAUGCUCGAUGGUCUGAAGAAACAGCUGGGCGCGCAGCUGAGCGUCAAGUCUUACGAGGAACACGCUAUCGGGAGAGGCUCAUAUGUGCAGGCUGCCUCGUAUGUCAAUCUCUCAGAUGGAACUAAAGAUUACUGGGGUGUCGGUAUCGAUCCUGAUGCCGCCGCGUCAGGUCUCAAGGCUGUCCUCAGCGCCGCGUCGCAGGCUUGUCAAGAUAACGUCUUUCCUCAAGUACAGCCUCUGACUACUGCAGACGCCAUCAAGACCGCUGCGGCGGGUGUGGUGGAUAAUCUCAAAGGAGGUGUGAAUGCGGCUGUGAAUGGGCACAUGUCUGUAAACGAAAAAGCACCGACGCCACCACCAAAAGAGGAUGAGGAUGAGAAGAUAGUGAUAAACCCGCUUGAUUUGACAGCAGCUAAGCUGACGUGCGACGAUGCCGUCAAGAGGAUACUGACAACGUCCCAUGGCUACAAGCAGUCAUACAGACACACUGAUGUACAGCUCGUAGUGGGCUGGAUAGCGUGUAUAAUUGGCGGCGGCGUCUGCGCGUGGUCAUACACGGUCCCAUUCGAGGAAUCCAAGGAGGCGGUUGGAGUAGCGGUGUCAAUAUACACUAUUCUCAGUGCACUCCUCUGGUUGCACGCUAAAUUGGUCAUUUCCAAUAAGGUGUUUACGGGCAGACGCAAGACACUACAGGGACGCAUAGAGACGUCGAGCGUACAGAUACGCUCUACUACCAUUCCAGCAAGUCACAGCGCAAAUACUUGUCCCAAGUACGAAAUCAAAUUGUCUUAUAGACGCACAGCUAAUGGGGGCAAGAGCCUGAUCAAUGCGAAGAAAUCUCUCAGCAGUAUACCCUACCCCGAUCUCUUUGACAGUGCAGGCGUGUUUCAAGCGCGGUACUUCUGGAAUUUCCUCAACAAGUCUACGCGCGAAGUGGAUGAUGCUUGA